GCUACUUAAAGUUCAGCUCUCCGGUGCGUGGUGUCCGCCGAGACCGUACCCGACUGCUGUUCCGUGCCAACACGUUUUUCUAAGUUCACGUUCGAGACACGGCGGCCGUUACUUCAGCAGAAAUUUCACGCCAAGCCCUAAUCACUGUUGUGCUGUGCAUGUAGAUGUAUGCGGAAGAAUGAAGAGUACGACGUCAAAUCGUUGAAAGGCGACGAAAUGACGCAAAUCACACUAUCAGUGGUCGAGGAAUGGCUUGACAGUCACCCCGACCACUGUCAGGAUUAUUUUCUCCGAAAAAUUGAAUUGGACCUAAUCAACAAAUGGCUCGUCUCACACGGAUUCUUAAACAUCAACGAUUACAUAUCGUCCGCCACGUCCACGUCAUCUUCAGGCAACGUGAGUCCAGCCAACGGGCUGGCAGUUCAGCAGGUUUCGCCAGCCACGUCUCCGAACGCGCCUAGCAUCCUGGUUAAUGGCACUAACUCGUUGUCCGUGUCUCAAGUUUAUCGGUCCAACUCGAAAAGAUGUCGAAGGCAUGACUUUGCCCGGGCCAAGACCCGGAGCGUAUUGCGCACACAGGAGAUCGGCAAGGACGUACCGAUUUGUUCCAGUAGAAGAUCGUCAUUAAAGGAUAUGAGAAAAUUUACGUCGUUGCCACCAAGCCCGAUUAGCAUGCUGUCACUGCUCAUCGAUUCCAAGGUGCGGUUGCCCAGGUGGCCGGUGUCCGCGCACAACGUGGACACCAAGCGGGAUCUGCGGCUCGCGCAGGGCGAACGGGACUUCUUCCUGACAGUAGUCCGGGACAUUGCCACCGACCUGGACCUCAAGUCGUUGUCGCAGAAGAUCGUCGACGACUUGACCGUGUUGCUGGACUGCGACGCCGGCUCGUUGUUUCUCGUGGAUGGACCGCCGCGAGGUUCCCGGCGCCGGUGUCUCGUCUCCAAGGUGUUCGACGUACACAGCGGCGCCCGCGGCCAGUUCCUGUUGCCGGACGGCGUGCAGUGCGACGUUGCUGGUGGUCCGGCCACGGCCACCGACAAUGAGGUGCGCAUUCCGUGGGGCGUGGGAAUACUCGGACACGUCGCGUCCACCGGCGAGACGGUCAACCUGGACGUUGCUUGCGAGGAUCCGAGAUUUGAUGACGAAGUAGACCGCAUAAUGGGAUAUUACACUUCAUCGUUACUGUGCAUGCCAGUGAAAAAUUCGUAUGAAGAGAUAAUUGCGGUGGCGCAGGUUAACAACAAGAAUCCGGAUAAGGAUGACGGGCAUUUCACCAGCAUGGAUGAGAAGCUUUUUGAGACGUACUUACAGUUUGUCGGAAUAGCGAUUACAAACGCACAAAUCGUCGAGGAUUCCCGAGCCGAAUAUGAUAGAAACAGGAAUUUGUUGGAAGUAGUACAUGAUCUCUUUGAAGAACAGACAUCUAUCGACAAAGUUAUAAUGAAGAUAAUGCAGAGGGCUCAGAGGCUGUUGAAGUGCGAAAGAGCGGCCGUGUUGCUUGUAGACGAAUCGUGUGACAGUACCAGCUUCUCAAAGCUGUUUGACUUAAACUCGCCCAAGCACAAUAUAAAAAAUAACGUUAAAAAUUCUAGGCAAAAGGUGGAAGGCGAAAACGUAUCACGUUACCUAGAGAGUCUUGCUGAGAGGGUGGCUUGUUCGGGGGAAGUUUUGAACAUCAACGAGCACGAGUGCAGCGAGGGAAUCGUAGACUCAGGCAUUAACUCACUAUUGGCAAUGCCCAUCAGGAAUAAAAACGACCAAAUAAUCGGCGUCGCCAGUAUAAUCAACAAAUUGAACUCGUCACCAUUUGACGAUUACGACGAACAGUUGUUCGAGGCAUUUACAAUAUUCUGUGGACUGGGAAUACACAACACACUUAUGUAUAGUGAAGUGGAAAAGGCGAUGGCUCGGCAAAAAGUCUCCAUUGAAGUUCUAUCUUAUCAUGCGACAGCUUCAAAUAAAGAGGUGGAACGUAUUCUGGGUAUGCCGGUACCUGCUGCUGAUUCGUUGAAUUUAUAUUCUUUAACGUUCGACGAUUUUUCACUUAACGAUGACGAAAUGCUGAUGGCGGCAGUAAGCAUGUUUUUGGAACUUGGACUUGUUAAAACGUUUAACAUUGAAAAAGAAACAUUAUAUCGGUUCCUUAUCACGGUAAAACGAAACUACAGGGACGUGCCUUAUCACAACUGGAGACAUGCUUUCAAUGUGGCUCAAGUCAUGUUUGCUAUUAUGAUGGGAUGUGACAUGAAGAAUACAUUUUCCGAUCUCGAAGUGUUGGGAAUGUUUGUCGGAUGUUUGUGUCAUGAUCUCGAUCACAGGGGCACAAAUAAUUCAUUUCAAGAGAAAGCCAGAUCGGCAUUGGUUUUAUUGUAUGGCACUACCAAUACAAUGGAACACCAUCAUUUUAAUCACGCAGUGAUGAUACUCAGCAGCGAAAAUCUAAAUAUAUUCUCAAGUCUAUCCGCGGAAAGUUUUUCAACUGUGAUGAAAGUGUUGAAACAUAGUAUACUGGCCACUGAUUUGUCUGUGUAUUUCCAACUGAGAAAUAAGUUCUUCCGAUUAAUCGAGUCUAAAGAAUACAGUUGGGACGAAGAAUCGCAGCGAUACUUGUUGAUGGCGAUGUUGAUGACGUCGUCGGACUUAGCUGCGUCUACAAAGCAAUGGCACGUGCAAAAGCGAGCCGCCAGACUAGUAACAGAUGAAUUCAUUGAGCAAGGCGAUAAAGAAAGAUUUGAGUUGAAAAUCCAGCCCCAAGCUCUGAUGGACAGAGAAAGGCAACACGAACUUCCACAGUUGCAGAUCAGAUGGAUCGCAGACAUAUGUCUGCCAUUAUACCAGGCAUUGGGUCAAAUGAAUCCAAAACUAAACGUAAUGAAGGAAGGGGCAUUGAAUAAUAUGCACCAGUGGAGCAAGUUGGUUGACGAAAACUACAAGAACUUGAACGGGGAGCAACAAUAACUGAAUAGAUUGCGAAAGAUAUAGCAGAAAAUGGGAAAUGAGAUUCAGUAUUUUUUUUUUCCUCCGAAAACUUUUAAGUAGACUGAUCGACAACUAGAACCGUAUUAUAUAUUAUGAAGCUAUUAAAAAUGGAUGGGAAUUAUUACGGUAAAUGGUUAACAUGAUAUAAUCUAUUGUGUUUGAUUUAUUAUUUGUUAUGAUAAUACUAUAUUAUUAUAUUUAUUUUUUUUUUUUACCUUUAAU